AUGUCUGCCUCUAUCUUCUUCAUCCUUUUCUUCACUUCAGUCUUUCUUGACAUAGAGGCCUCACAUGGAAACUGCACAGAUGGGACACCCGAUAUUCGAUUUCCUUUCCAAUUAAGAGGGCAUCAGCGUCAACACUGCGGUCACACUGGUUAUGAGCUUGACUGCAAGAACGGAACAACCAUAAUUCACUUCCCAUCCUAUGGUGAUCUGGUAGUGAAAUCCAUCUCUUAUGAUAUCAAAAAACUCGAUCUUAUUGACCCGAAGAAUUGUGUCCAUGAAGUUUAUCUUAACCUCAAUCUCUCCCUUACUCCAUUUCAGUAUUACCAUGCUGUGAAAGAGUACUCAUAUCUCAAUUGUUCAGUUAGGAGUUCACCUCCUUUGACAGAAGUCCCCUGCUUAAGUGGCUCUGACUAUCACGUUUACACUGUGGACCCUUCUUUAGCUGUCCCAGAUUCUUGCAGUGUAGUAAAAACCAUUCCUAUUCCUUUUAUGUAUAGCCCUUAUCUCAGUGACAAUAGUUUCAGUCUCGGAUUAACUUGGAGCUUACUUGGCCAUGAAGAUUGUGAGGCAAAACAAGGCCAGAGUUCAUUGCAUCCUAAAAGAGAACAACAAACCGAAUGUUUAAUUAUGGCACAUGCUAAAGUUGAAGGAUAUCAAACUUUAUCAUCCACAACCACGAAACGCCAAGUUAUCGAGUGGGAUCAGGGAUGGGAGUCUAUGCAGAAGGGGAUCGCGAGGCUAAAGAGGAUUGUAGAAGGAUUACCAGAACCAAAGUUCAGCUCAGAAGAAUAUAUGAUGCUUUACACAACUAUCUAUACCAUGUGUAUUCAAGACCCCCCUUAUGAGUAUUCUCAGCAGCUUUACAAAAAAUAUCAAGAGACAUUUGAGGAAUACAUUACGUCAACUUUGUUGCCCUCUCUAAAAGAGAAGCAGGAUGAGUUUUUGUUGCAGGAGUUUGUCAAAAGUUGGGCAAAACAAAAAGUUAUGGUUAGAUGGCUGUUGCGCUUCUUUCAUUAUCUUGAUCGCUUCUACAUCGCGGAGAGAUCUGUUCCCGGGCUAAAUGAGGUUGGAUUUAACUGCUUCCAGGAUCUGGUUUAUCGGGAGGUAAAUGCCAAUGUGAGAGUUGCUAUAAUUGGUCUUAUUAAUAAGGAACGUGAGGGGGAGCAAAUUGACAGAGCACUAUUGAAGAAUGGACAAAUGGAAGCUUAUGAAGAGGACUUUGAAGCACAUAUGCUAAUAGAUACCGGCGAAUACUAUUCGAGCAAAGCAUCAAGUUGGAUUCUUGAAAAUCCUUAUACAGAUUACAUAUCAAAGGCCGAUGAAUGCCUGAGAAGGGAGAGGGAUAGAGCUUCUCAUUACUUGCAUUCAAGCAGUGAGAAGAAGCUGGUGGAGAAAGUGCAGCAUGAGUUGGUGGUGGUUUAUGCAACUCAACUGCUUGAAAAGGAGCAUUCUGAUUCUGGAUGUAGUGGUUUUCCUAGAGACAUUAAUGUGGAGGAUCUUUUUAUAUAUAAGAAACCUGUUGCUAAUGUAUUUAAACAAGAUUUUCCUGCUUAA